AUGGGCGGCGGGGGUGACGACGCGUGCGGUGCGACGUCUCAACCCCCGGUAUGGUCCACGCGAUGGGACAGCGGCGGCCGGAUCGACUCGCACCGCAUCUCCGUGGCGCCGAUGCUCGAGUGCACCGACACCCACUUCCGCCGGGUGUGCAGGCUCGUCAGCCGCCGAGCGCACCUCUGGACGGAGAUGGUCAACCAGGACGCGGUCGUCCACAGUUGGAGGUCCAAGCCCGAGAUGCUCGCGUACGGCGACGAGGAGCACCCGCUCACGGUCCAGCUCGGCGGUGCAUCCCCCGAGCGCCUCGCGCUCGCGGCGACCGUCUGCGACGCCGAGUACCGGUACGACGAGAUCAACCUCAACUGCGGGUGCCCGUCUAAUAGGGUGGUGAACAAGAAGGACGUCGCGACGUGCUUCGGGGCGGCGCUCAUGCGGGACCCGACGCACGUGGGCGAGUGCCUCAGACGCAUGCGCGAGGCCGUGGACGUCCCGGUCACCGUGAAGCACAGGCUCGGCGUGAGGCCCACGGAAAAGUCCCCAGACGACUCGAUGGAUUCGUACGCAUUCGUCAGCGAAUUCGUCGACGUCGUCAAUCAGGCGUCGGGAGUUAAACACUUCAUCGUGCACGCCAGAGCCGCGGUGCUCUCGGGUCUGUCCACCACGGGAAACAGGACGGUGCCGCCGCUGAGGCACGCCGAGGUUCACGCGCUGGCGGACGAUUUCCCGUCACUCGGGUUCACGCUCAACGGCGGGAUCGAGACGAUGGACCAGGCGGCGGAGCAUCUAGAGUCGGGGAAGCUGCGGGGGGUGAUGCUGGGCAGGGCGGUGUACCGGAACCCCGCGGUGCUGGCGGAGGUGGACGCGAGGUUCUACGGGGACGAACCUCGUGAGGCGUUUCGAGAGCGUUACGCCGGCGAGGCGCGAGUCGCCGGGCGGUGGGACUCGGAUGGGUUUGAUGAUUUCACGAAUCGAUUCGGCGGUGGGGGGGGCGACUCGGGUGGGAAUCGAACGACGGAGGACGAUCGUUUGGGUUCCCGGGGCUCGUUCUUCGCGCUGGGCGGUACCGACAGCGCCGCAUGUGUCACCAGGCGGGACGUGCUGGAGAGGUACGCGGCGUACGGCGACGCGGUGUGCGCGAUGAACCUUGACCACAUGGUUAAAUUUCCAAACGCGCUUCUCACCCCGCGGAGGCUCGCCAAGGCGGCGCUCGGGCUCGGCCACGGCGCGAGGGGCGGGGGCGCGUUUCGACGCGCGUGCGAGCGGGAGUUUGGGGAGUGGACGCGACGUUUAAAGGGAGGGGAGCCGCCGGAGAGACUGUCGUUUUCUGAUCUCGUGCGAGACGCGAGUUCGGAGAUGCACGCCGAUGACCUCGACGCGCCGCUGGCCGCCAGCUGUGCGCCCGCGAGGGCGCACGGGGAGGCGCGAUACGGGCGCGGGGCGGGGGGCGGCGGGGGGCGCGAUGAUGGAGCCGAUGAGGGGGACGUGCACGCGCGCGAGCGGUAG